AUGAAUGUGGACCCUGUUACUGAAGGUGUUGAUGACCAAAGAUUAUAUUUUAAAAGGCUAUACAUUUGUUAUGCAGCUUGUAAAGAAAGCUUCAAACUAAGUAGACAUGUCAUAGGAUUGGAUGGCUGCUUUCUGAAGGAACUCUGUGGGGGCCAAAUUAUGGCAGCUAUAGGAGGGGAUCCUAAUGAUCAAAUGCUUCCUAUAGCAUAUGCUGUGGUGGAAAGUGAAAAUAAGGAUAGCUGGACUUGGUUUUUGGAGUUGUUGAUUGCUGACUUAGGAGGUGCUAAUGAGUGUCUAACCUACACUUUCAUUUCAGACCAACAAAAGGGGCUAUUACCUGCAAUGGAUGAGUUGUUGCCCAAUGUGGAACAAAGAUUUUGUGUCAUACACUUGUAUAAUAAUUUUAGGAAAAGAUUUCCUGGAAAGAUGUUGAAGGAAGUUAUCUGGAAGGAAGCAAAGUCAACAUAUGCUCAAGCUUGGGAAAGAGAGAUGAAAAGAAUGAGACUGGCCAAUGCAGAAGCAUAUCUCCAUAUGAUGAAGACUCCACCAAAGUUUUGGAGUAGAUCCUAUUUUAGGACAACCAACAAAUGUGAUGAUGUGCUCAACAACAUGUCUGAGUCAUUUAACAGUGUAAUUCUUGACUCUAAAGGAAAACCACUUGUGACAAUGCUUGAAGAGAUCAGAACUUACCUCGUGGAGAGAUGGGCAAAAAACAGAAUGAGGUUCCAAGAUGUAUCUGGUAAUGAGAUUUUACCCAACAUUAGAAAGAAACUGGAAAUAACUAGCAAUUUUACCAACAUGUGGCUUGUAAGAAUGGAAAAUGAGCAUAUAUUUGAAGUGAGGCAUUUGGAAAACCCAGCUGAGACAUUCAGUGUGAAUCUGAAGGAUUUGCGUUGCUCAUGUAGAAGAUGGGAGCUAACAGGUCUCCCUUGUGUCCAUGCAAUGGCAUCCAUGAAGAGUAGGAAUUUUAAGGUUGAUGAUUACAUUCCUGACUACUAUAGGGUUUCUACUUACAAGACAGUAUACAAGCAUGUUCUCUACCCGGUGAAUGGGUCUAAUUUGUGGGUCAGGACUCCAUAUCCAGAUGUUCAGCCACCUAAGUAUAGGAAGAUGCCUGGUAGACCAAAGAAACUAAGAAAUCUUGAGCAAGGAGAGAUCGAUGGGAGUGACAAAAAGAUGAGAAUGACAGGUUUUAUUAUUAAGUGUUCUAGGUGCAAGAAGGUUGUUCAUAACAAGUUAACUUGCAAGGUGACACCACCAGCUCAGCCAAGUCAAGCAACAGUUAUUGAUGCAUCUCAGCCAAGUCAAGCAACAGUUACUAAUACAAGUCAGCCAAGUCAAGCAACAGUUACUAAUACAAGUCAGCCAACUAGUACCCAGGUGCCUGCAACUCCGUCCUCAGCAUCUACACAGGCUUACAUGAGUGCAACACAAUCUUCUAGAGGAAAGCAAGUGACAGGAUAA